ACUCUGGCACGGCUCAGAGCAUCACACAAAAGUCCGCCACAGCGUCCCAAUAUCCAGCCGCACAUUGAAAAGCGUGUGUCAACGGCAAGUUCGCAGUCUUCCCGCUCCCUCCAGCGCUUGUCCGCUCUCGAAACGCCUGCGUGGAGCGCGCACAAGCCCAAUCUCGCAAAAUCGGCCUUCUCCCAAUGUUUCCGCGUCCCCCCGCCACCGCGCGGGCCUGCCCGGCUCGCAGCAGGGCUGAUCGGUCUCGAACCCCGGUUUGACCGCUACGCGGCGCCCCUCGACGUCGUUCACACAUUUAUUUGGCCGGCUUUGUGCGUCGGAAAAAAACACCGGCCUCUCACGCGGUACCGAGGGCAGACCGCGCGACCGCCGUCAAUUGAGAGACAGCCCUUGUUCACACAAACACGCCUGUAGACGCUGCGCGCGCACGGACGAGUUAUUAACCCGUACGCCCUUCGCAGAUAAUCACGCGGACGAGCACUUCGUCCGCUUCCACAAAACGCACAAAAACUCACCUCAACUAGAUCAUGGCGAAGAAAGGUUUAAAGUCCGCGUCAUGAUCAACCGCGUGCCCUCGCACUGCGCCUCGCGUCCGAGGACGGUGCGGUCCGAUGGCCGCCGGCGACCUCGAGACGACGCCCGUGGCCCGCCGCGGACCGCCGACGCCGUCCCGCCGACGCCGUUGGCGCCCCUCCCCAUGCGGGCGCUGCCCGCCACGCGGGCGCUGCCGCUGGAGAGAGUGAGAGUGAGCGGCGCUCUCCGUGCUUUCGACCGCGACGACUCACGCCUCUGUUCCCACGCAGUCAAGCAAGUGUUCGUCCAGGAGUCGCAGCUCCGCAAGAGCACGCGCCCGCGUCCUGCUUCACCACGGUCCCUUCACAUCGACCCGCGGUCGCCGUCGACGCGAUGUAAGCGCGUCUGCUCGACGGCGUGGAGGCCGGCCUACGCCGUCGCCGCGGCUUCGUGCCAGUGGUCGCGUCUGGUCGUCCCGGUGGCCGCGCCUGCUCGAUGGCGUGGAGAGAUACGCGUACGAUAUCUCGACGUCGCCGCGUGGCCGCAUCUAACUUCGAGCUGCCCUCGCAGAGGAAAAAAAGAAGAUCGACAAGGCGCGCGCCAUGAUCGAGUACCACAAGUGCCGCGUCAGCUCGUUCUCCAAUUG